GUUGAUUGGCGAAAAAAACUGUUUUGAUUCCCCUUAAAAGAUAAUAUUAAUAUACGCCUAAAAUAGCAAAUAUUUACUAGUUUUAAAGGGUUACUUAUAAAUAGUUCAUAAAUUUGAUGCUACAUUCUCGUGGUAAAAGCCUGUCAUAGCCAAUUAGGUACUUACUAGAUGUUUAAAUAUCUCGGACAACAAGUGUUUCUAACCAAGUGAAACAAUCAUGGCGGCAUUUUGAAACUAUAAUACUGCUACUAUCUAUGUUGUUGGUAGACAACUACUAUUUGUAGUAAGAACAGGAUCAAUUAGAUGGUAUAAUGGUACUGUUGCCAGUGUGGGUCAGCUUUAUUCUUCAAAAAUCAAUGUGAUCAACGUUAUUCUUGUUAAAGAUUACUGUCUCAUCUGAUAAAGAAUCACAAUGAGUGAUCUGUUUACAUUCAAUACAUAUGGUCGUCAACCAUUAAAAGAACAAGUAACACCACAUAAACUAUCUCUGUUGGUACUGAUACAUAAAUAUCAGUUAUUAAGAGGUAAAAUACCAGAUGAAGACAUUGAAGAUGUUGUCUACUUUACAGAAAAAGAACAGAGAGAUUUUAUGCUGACUCUGUUAGAGCUUUUACAGGGUUCUGAUAUAGAGUUAAAAGAAUUAAGAAUGAAAUUACAAGGAAUUAUCAAGCCAGCUCUCUUUGAUGCAUUCUUUGAAAAAUUAAAAGAAAUACAUGAUGACGGCCUACCAACUGUUAGAGAAUUUUUUAAUAGUAUUAUUAAUUUAGUCUUCUCUGAUUCUAAUGAAACUAUUGAAGCUGUCAUAAGUAAAAACAGUGUUGUAGGAUUUUUUAUAAGAAGAAUGUUACUUGCAUAUAAUAAAUUAUCAUUUAGUCAAGUUAUAAGAUUCUUAGAAAAAAAUAAAUACUAUUAUGAGUUAUAUUUCCCUAAUAUUGAACCUGAGACUGAUCUAGGAAAAUCUCUGACAGAUUCUGUAAUGAGCCUGUCAGGGGCUGGUGCACCACUGACAAAAAGCUGUCUAGCACAGACAUUUGAAGGACUACAAAUCUCAGACAGUGGUGUUGGUGGUUUUUAUUCCCAAAAACAAGCUGAAUAUUUUAUAGCACAACAGGCCUUGUUGUUACAUCAGAAUGAAAAUAAAGCACUAUCACCAUCUAAACUACAAGAGAAGAUAUUAGAUAUAUUAAAAUCUAACAAAGAUUUAGCUGAGGCACAUUUUCUGAGUUAUUUAAAUAGUUUACGAGUAAAAGAAUAUUGUACAGCAGUCCACAAUCUAUAUCAUUAUUAUGAUAGAAAUAGUAAAUUAACAGGCACUGAAUCUACCUCCACUUCUAAAGAUAAAGAAGAGUUAACCAGGCGCUAUGCAGCUUUGAAUUUAGCAGCAUUACAUUUUCGAUUUGGUCACCAUGGAGAAGCUAUGGCAUCCUUAAUUGAAGCUAUACAUAUAGCUCAAGAAGCUAAUGAUAAUAUUUGUUUACAGCAUGCCUUGUCAUGGUUACAAAGAUUUGGUGAACAAGGUGUAGCUGCUAUGUCACAUCUAAUAGAGAAAUCUAUUGCUAAAAGUGAAGAUUUAGCAUUACCUUAUUUAACAUCAUUGGGUGUACAAGUUCUAGCUAGACAUAAUGCCUUUGUUUUUAAUAAACCAGCCAAUGUAUUUCAAUACCUACAAUACAGUGAUAGUUUAAAUUGUGAAAACUUCUUGUCUGGUAUGGUACAUAUAAGUUACACACAGAAAGCUUCUUUAUGGCAUAUAUUUGGUAAAAGUGAGCUGUCAACUAUGUGUAGUUUAUUGGUCUUAAGUUUAGACAAUCUAGAAAGUGGCAUAUCUCAUAAUACAGAAUUGAGUUGUAUUGCUUUAUGUAAUUUAGCUCAGAAACAUGCAGAAAGGGGUCAGUAUCAAAUAGCAACAGAUUUGUUAAAUCAUGCUAAAUUAAGAUUUCCAGUAAAUUCUCAAUACAGCCAUCAUUGGAUGAAUUAUGAACAACAAAUAACAUUUGAUAAGAUGUUAUAUAAUAGGAAAUUUAACCUAGCUGAACAGGCUGUUGUUAAUCUUAGAGUUGUUGAUGAACAGGAGGCUAAAUUAAGAAAUGCAUUAUUAUUAUGUGAGAGAGGUGAAACGACUAGUGCUUAUAAACAAUUAAAUGAUUUACUAGAAGCUUGUAAUAAUCAAACAAUAGAUGGACAAGAUUUACAUUUUCAAUGUAGAGUUUUGAUGGCAAUGUCUCAACUAUGUAUGAAUACAGGAAAUCAUACCACAGGUUUGAACCAUAUACUAGACUGUAUAACUAAGGCUAAAAGUCAUCAUAUGAGCUAUUUUGUAGCCAUAGCAUCAAUACAGUUAGCUUUUAUUCAGAAGUAUAUGUUAACAAUUCUAACUCAUGGUAGUCUAUAUGAUCAAGCUAGAACAUUAUAUUGUUAUUGUCGAUGUAGAGUAGCUAAUAUAAACAAUAAAAUAGAAGAUCAGAGAAAUUCAGUAUUACUGUCAGGUAUAUCAAUGAUGGACACAGUAAUAGAUCUAUUUAAGAGAGUGGAAGCUCAACAGAGAGUUAAAGACUGUAUAUAUUAUCAAGCUAGACUGUAUAAUGAUAUAGGUAAUCUGGCUGAGAGGAAUAAAUGUGCUUUUCAAUUUAAACAAUUAGACCAACAAUACCCUACAUUAAGUAGAAUGACAAUUAAUGCUUUCUGAUGUUGGACAUUCAUAAUCAUGCCAUCUUAUAAAAUACAUGCAGUUUGGAUGACAUUUUAGAAGUGUUGUUACAUCUGGUGGAAUACCAUUCCUGAAUCACCCUUAUUUUUGAGAAGAGGCUUUGUUAAGCAGUUUCAGAUGAAUGUGGUCUUGCUCAGUGAACACUGAAAGGCUAUACAGAUUAUCAGUUAGUUGAAAUAAAGUUCUGUGAUAUCGUUUUCUCUAACCUCAUUUGUGACACUGGACUAAAAUUAUUAUGUAAGAAAUAAAAGCAGUAUGAAAUAUU